AUGUCCACCGACGUCCAGAGCCUGCUGGGCUCGUCCCUAUCAUCUGAAAUCCUUCAAAAUUAUAUCCGUACCGUGUCUGGCAGCAUCACCGUCGAGGUCGAGAUUAAAGCGUAUCCCGACAUGGUCUAUUUCAAUUACUACAAAAUCGGCGUCAGUUUUCAGUUCAAGCCGACGGAUGGCUACCGCCCAAAGAUGGGCCUGGAGGAGUCCGAGUUGGAGAAGAAUCGGUUGAUUCUCGAUGGCGUCGAUUUCUACAACAUACCCAAGGUCGACUCUUCGGACCCGAAAGCAAAAGGAACAUCAACUAGACGGGCAGAAAUAGCGUUUUCCUCGUAUCCUAUUUCACCUCUUACUCUCCCCAUCACGCCCAAUAUUAAAGAUAAGGAUGGUAAAGUCCUUCACCGACCUCCACAUUUUGAUGUUCUUCCUGCAAGUACAGGGAAGGACUUUGUCCAGUGUUUCGGUGAACCCGAUCGCAAAGGCGGGGGGACGGGGCCGUCGACGGGGUCGAUUGGGAUUUGGUGUGAAUGGUCGCAGGAUGGUAUCUUGGUUGAAUUUGGCGGCGACGAGGCAAAGGGUCUCCAGGCUUGGGAACGAGGAAAGGAUGCAGUGUGGAAAGUAAUCACAGUCUUUCGAAACCCGCAUGCCAAUAUCCCUGCUCUUCGUAUGGUCGCAGUUACGCCAUAUUGA